UAGCUCGCGAUCAAAUCGAGCAAAGCUUGCGAGCGAAAAUGUCAUCCAUCAAGGAACGCAUGGUACAGCUUGAGCAAGCACAAAAGAAUGCAGAAGUGACUUGUGAAGCUACUGAGCGCGAAUUGGAACUAGAAGCCCAGCUGGUGGAAGCCAGAAGUAUCAUACAGGAACAGGCAUCCAUCAUGAGCAAACACCGAGAAGACACUUGACACACAGCAGCUUAUCGUCUUCUUAUCGCUAUAAACGGCCUCUGAAUUGCCCUACCGUAGCUAAAUGGACACGAGCUACAGAAUCGAUGGCCUCUCCUUCGGAAUCAAAUUCAACAGGUACCCCGUAAGAAGUUCUCCCAGCAAGCAGCUCAAGUGCAGCAGCAGAUUCUCGAGCGUAGCAAUCGACUACUCAGCACAGGAUAGCAAUAAUGUAGCCGAAUGGAGGCUUCCUGGAGGAGGCGGAGCAGCAGCAGCUCAAGAGCGCAAGGCACGAGAGCGAGCAGCCCAAGCAGCUGCCGAAGCCCUCAUAAAGGUUUUGCUGGCCAACUCGGUAGACCCACAUCUCCUAUCUCGAGCUCUGGACGAGUGCUACGGCUCAAGACGGCUCGUCCCUGUGGUAGUUGGCAGAGUUCUCGUCAAGCUCAGGAAUCCACAGGCAGCAAUGCUCUUCUUCCAGUGGGCUAAAGCCCGUCCAGGCUUCCAGCACAACACUUACACCUGCAAUUCCCUCCUGGAGGUCUUUGUUAACGACGGAUGCCAUCGGGAGGCAUACAGAGUCUUCAAAGACGAGCUUGUCAGGCUCUUCAGGCCCGACGACUUCACCUAUGGGACUUUGAUAAGAGGUUUUUGCAAAGCUGAGCAAAUACCACAGGCAGUAAAUCUUCUUGGGGAGAUGAAGGCCGCAGGAAUUACUCCCACCAUCGUCACCUUUGGCUCUCUCAUUCGCAAGCUUUGCGAACUGAAUUUCACCAACAAAGCACUUCAAAUCUUCCACCAGAUGAUCGACAUGAAAGUGAAGCCCGACGCUUUUCUAUACACCGUCGUCAUCGGACACCUGUGCAAGAUCAACAAGUUAGACUUGGCGGCCUCCUACUUCGAACAAAUGGUACAAAGCGGCUGCUUACCCGACAAAGUCACGUACACCGUUCUCGUCCACAGCCUCUUCAAAGCUUGCAAGUGGGAACAAGGCCACCAGAUCUUCGAAGAGAUGUUGAGCAAAGGACACUCACCCGAGCUGGUUACGUAUGCCACCGUCGUCAACGGAUACUGCAAAGCCGGCAGGAUAGACCAAGCUCUCUCGCUCAUGAGACGCUUGAAAGGCACCGGACGAUCACCCAGCGGCUCCUUGUACAGCACUCUGAUCGACGGCCUCUGCAAGCAUGACCGACACGAGGAAGCACGGGAGCUGUUUGAGAUGGCCGCGGGAGACGUCCAGGACGUGAUCGUCUACACCAGCUUCAUCAGCGGGCUGUGCAAGGCCGGAAAGCUGGACGAGGCGAAAGCUGUUCAUGUCAAGAUGAUCGAAGCUGGCUGUGCUCCCGACCCAGUCUCGUACAACGUGAUAAUCUACAGCCUCUGCAAGGACAACCGAGUGAGCGAGGCCAAGGAACUCAUGGACCAGGCAAUGGAGAGGAAGUGCAUGCCUGGAGUGCCCGUGUGCACGGUGCUGGUGGACGGCCUUUGCAAGUCUCGCCGGGUGGAGGAGGCCUGCGUGAUCCUGGAACGGAUGCUGGAAGCCGGGGACCGAGCUCCGAGCGUGGUGACUUACAGCGCAGUCAUCGACGGGCUUUGCAAGGCGGACAGGCUCGACGACGCCUACAUCGUGCUCCAGAAGAUGCGAAGAGCUGGCUGCGUCCCGGACGUGGUGACUUACACCGCCAUCAUCGACGCCUUCUGCAAAGUGGGACGGCUGGACGAAGCCCGCGAGCUGUUCCAGCGAAUGCACGAGAGAGGCUGCGCGUCGGACGUGGUGGCCUACAACAUCUUGAUCCGGGGCUACUGCCGAGCGGCCAAAGUGGACGAGGCCAUCGCCAUGAUCGAGGAGAUGGCCGGGAGAGGGAUCCAGCCCAACGUGGUGUCGCUCAGCACCAUCGUGGACGGGCUGUGCAAGGAGUCGAGGGUGGAAGAAGCUCGGCUUCUCAUGGAAAAGAUGAACUUCGAGAGCUUGCCGGAUAGCGAUCCAGUCAGUUAAAAGUGUUUCGAUUCGAAGAUGGAAUGAUAGAAGAUCUGCCAACCAUCGUCACUCUUUUUCUCUAGAGAAGAAGAGGCUCUCUCC